CGAUCCUAAUUGGAGGAAAGGCGAGAUCAGGAUGUGGAUCCAAGCUGCUAGUUGUGAGAGGUGAGCAGCUCAUACAGACACAGCUGGGGGAGGAUCGCAGUGCCGGGGCUCCGGAGGACUUAUCUGUGGAGGGGACACAGCCGGGACACCAGCCGAGCAGUCAUGGAAUGAGCGGGGAGCCGGUACGGGACUCCUCUACGCCGGCCCGGGGAAUGGUGCUGACAUCUGCCCGGGGCUCAGCCAGCAGCAUGGAGACGUCGCCUGUCACUGCAGUAAACACUAAAAUAAGCCAACCGAAGCCUGUGGAAGUGAAAGAGAGCGCCGAGAAGUUCUGUCCUGUAACUGUGAAUCCACGCCACACCAGGAAGGCGUUCAAGGUUAUGAAUGAACUGAGAAGUCAGAAUUUGCUGUGCGAUGUGACAAUAGUGGCCGAAGAUGUGGAGAUAGCUGCUCACAAAGUGGUUUUGGCUGCAUGCAGUCCCUACUUCCAUGCAAUGUUUACAGGUGAGAUGAGUGAAAGCCGAGCAAAGCGGGUCCGCAUAAAAGAAGUGGAUGGAUGGACCUUGAAAUUACUUGUUGAUUAUGUUUACACUGCAGAAAUUAAAGUCACAGAGGAGAAUGUGCAGGUUUUACUUCCAGCAGCCAGUCUCCUACAGCUUCAAGAUGUGAGAAAAACCUGCUGCGAGUUCUUGGAAACCCAGCUACACCCGUCUAACUGCUUGGGAAUCCGAGCGUUUGCUGACAUGCAUGCUUGUACGGAGUUGUUGGAUCAGGCCAACAUCUUUGCAGAACAACACUUUUCAGACAUUGUCGCAGGUGAGGAAUUCCUAAAUCUUGGAAUAGAACAAGUGUGCAGCUUGAUUGCCAGUGAUAAGCUUACUGUGCUUUCAGAAGAAAAGGUUUUUGAAGCCGUUAUUGCUUGGGUAAACCACGAUAAGGAUGUACGUCAGGAGCACAUGGCACAUCUGAUGGAACAUGUCCGUCUUCCAUUACUUUCCAGGGACUAUUUAGUACAGAGGGUUGAGGAAGAAGCUCUGGUGAAGAAUAGCAGUGCCUGUAAAGAUUACCUCAUAGAAGCCAUGAAGUAUCACUUGCUUCCAGGAGAUCAGCGAACGUUAAUUAAAAGUGCCCGCACAAGACAGAGGACGCCUGUUAGUCUUCCCAAGUUAAUGGUGGUAGUUGGAGGCCAGGCUCCCAAGGCAAUUCGCAGCGUGGAGUGCUAUGAUUUCAAAGAUGAACAGUGGCACCAAGUGGCUGAAUUACCAUCAAGACGAUGCAGAUCAGGUGUGGUAUACAUGAAUGGACAUGUGUUCGCUGUUGGUGGAUUUAAUGGCUCGCUCCGGGUGCGUACGGUAGACUCGUAUGACCCAGUGAAGGAUCAGUGGCUAAGUGUGGCCAACAUGCAGGACAGGAGAAGUACUCUCGGGGCUGCUGUAUUGAAUGGGCUGCUCUAUGCUGUUGGAGGAUUUGACGGCAGUACAGGACUGGCAACUGUGGAAGCAUAUAAUUUCAAAGCCAAUGAGUGGUUUCAUGUUGCACCAAUGAACACUAGAAGAAGCAGUGUUGGAGUUGGUGUUGUUAGUGGUAUGCUGUAUGCAGUUGGUGGCUAUGAUGGAGCAUCACGACAGUGUCUUAGUACGGUUGAAUGUUAUAAUCCCAGCACCAAUGAAUGGACUUACAUAUCAGAAAUGGGCACACGAAGGAGUGGCGCAGGUGUGGGAGUCUUGAAUGGUUUGCUGUAUGCAGUGGGAGGCCAUGAUGGUCCCUUAGUGAGGAAGAGUGUUGAAGUUUUUGACCCAUCUACAAAUGAGUGGAAGCCAGUUGCUGACAUGAACAUGUGCAGGAGGAAUGCAGGUGUUUGUGCCGUGGACGGCAUGUUGUAUGUUGUUGGAGGUGAUGAUGGAUCCUGUAAUUUGGCAUCUGUAGAGUACUAUAACGCAGCAGCCGACAAGUGGAUACUUUUGCCUUCAUGUAUGAGCACAGGGAGAAGUUAUGCAGGGGUUACAGUUAUUGAUAAGCCCUUAUGAUCCAAGGGAGGACCUCUCCUUGUUUAUCCUAAGAAAGAGCAGGUAUAAAGUGAAGUGUAGCUUCAUGGCCUUCCUUGCUUGAGACUGCAAGCUGUGGCAGAGAAAAUUCAUGGCUUUUCUUCUGCAGUAAAGCACAGCAGCCACCGAAGAUUACAAUAGGGUGAAGUAUUGUGCAGAGGUUUUCUGCAUUGAGCAGCAGCUAUCUGGAUGUUCCUAUGAUUUGUGAUUUUUGUUCGCAGAACUUUGCUUCCCAACUGUUACAGAAGAGAGAACGUAAGCUGCUUUUCAUAUCAUCCAGCAAUCGCGAAUGCUGGAUUGACUAGAGAAUGUCAUUAAUAAGGAGAAUACAAAGCUGUAUGUAGGGAAUUAUACAUUCUGUAUAUGAAGUAUAAAUAUUUUCUGAAGCCACAUGGAUAGACAUGUAGGGACCCUAUUUUCACAUGAAAGAUGCUUUUUUCAGCUAUGUGAAUAACCUGUAAAGUGUGUGUGUAUGUCUGUGCAUACGUGUACUGUACAAUUGUAAUUGCUGAUUUUUUUAAAGCGGCCCAAAUGUUGGGUUUAUGCACUAUUUAUAUAUUGGAGCACUCCUACAAGAAUUUGCCAGUACUGUUGUAAGAAAAAGUUGUAUUUUUUUUAACAUGUAUAUUUAAAUUUGCAGAAUAAUAUGUGCAGUGGCACUGGGGGGGGACAUAUGUAUAGGCUGCCAAAUGUUUUUAUAGAAAUAAAGGAAACAUGAUUUGAUUGUUAUUUAUGAUGAUGUUUGUAUAAAUUUGCACAUAUCUUUGUGAUUCCUCAUUUUUGGGUGUGAAGGAAUUUUACAGCAUGUGAUUACUUUAUUUCUCCCGAUAAUCUUGUGGAUAUCAACUGACUGACUAUGCAUGAUUUGUUUAAUUGUCCAUGUAGCUAAAUUAUUUUAACCUAAGAGUAAUACAUCUGCUGUGUUUGGCGGUGUUUAUUACUGUUUUGUUGCUAUGAACAUAUGAAUUAUAGAAGUUCCUUGGCCCAGAAUUCUGUGAUCAAAUAUUUGUCAAUAAAUUCUUUUUGUAUUGCAACUGUUUAGCUUUAAA